AUGGGCGUCACGUGGAUAAGCUACCGCAAAAAGAUGGAAUUAGAAACCAUCCUCGGCGAGUUCGGACUCGACCGAAGCGGCACGGUAGAUAAGCAACGUGCGCGGCUCAUAGCAUUCUCGCGGCAGCCUAACAAUUCCGAGGAAAUCCAGGAUCGACUCGACGAACUGGAACGCCGGUUCGGGAACGCGCCCACCGGCGACGUCAAGUCACCCAUACCACUGGAUCCGUCUCUCAUCUCUCCGGAGCCGACCACGUCGGCAUCGCUAGUGCCACCCUCACUCCUUUUACCACGCACCCUGGUGGUGCUGCUGGCCGGCCGAGCCGAAAGUUGGUUCCGCACGAGCGGACUCCAACAAGCCAGCUGGAUCGAGGUCCGCCGGGAGUUCCUUGACUUCUUCUUGCCACCGCGAUACUAUCAGCGGUUGGAGGAUGACAUUAGGAUGCAUUUCCAGAAGCCCAACGAACCAUUUAAGGAGUACCUUAUCGACAUCCGUUUGCAGAUGCGCCGGGCCGGAUUCUCUUCUGACAGGGAGCUGGAGAGGAUCUAUGAAAAUAUGCUGCCGGAGUAUCAACUCUACACCCGGAGGCAGGAUUUCCGUACGCUGAGCGAGCUAACACACCUCGUGACCAAUUACGAGGAGACACGCAGCCGAGGCGGAAGAGCGCUCGAGAACCGGAUCCCGACUCAACGCCAGGCCACAGGAGCCAGCUACGCAGCAGACGGGGACAGGAUGCCCACUCGACGCACACAACAGGCGCCCUCUUCAGGCAACGCCCUCAACGGUUCCCUUAGCCGGAACGCUUGCACCAGCCAGAGCGCGGUGGCACCACGACCAGAAGCCGUCAACGUUCGCGACGCCUGCCGGAAUUGUGGCCAAUCGGGACAUUUCGAAGCCGAAUGCAGGAAUCCACGGAUCCUAUUCUGUUGGGAUUGCGGCCAACGAGGACGCAGGACGGUUGACUGUUGCCGACAGCCACCGUCGGGAAACGGGCAAGGGCCUCGUGUGACCGGGAAUCACCCGAGGAACCCUCCGCAUCCCCAGAAGCCAAUAGGAGACACUCUCCAUCAGUACCAGGGACGCAUCCGCGCUACCAUCCACAUGGAGGGACAGCGGUUCACAGCUACCCUGGACACCGGAGCCACCCACAGCUUUAUUAGCGAAGGGCUGGCUCAAAUGCUGGACAACGGAAGGAACACACGGGACAUCCGUACCCAGGUAAAACUCGCUGACGGAACAUGCCGCGAGCUGACCAGAGCUCUGGCGGCAAACAUCUACCUCGGAAGCGAACGGACGCCCACCAUUCUCCUCGUGAUGUCGGACGCACUGGACGACAUCCUCCUAGGAAUGGACUUUCUCUCCAUCGACGACAGCCCAAGGAGAGCCACGCUCUACCCAUCGAAGGCAGCCAAGGGAGCCAUGCUCCAAUCCCGAAGACCAGCCAAGCACCUCACCUCGAGCACAGUCUCGAGACACAACACCACCAGCGACGGAGAACCAGCCGCCCAGUUGGAGACAGGCUUUGCCCGUGGCAGAUGCCACAGCCGCGCAACGGAAUCCCUUCCGUACCUCCCACAAAAACGUGUCCGCUUCCAGGAUCACGUCGAGGAAACGCCGGAGCCAAGCCCGCCCCUAUGCGGAACCGUCAAUUCGGUGAGUCAUCCCACAGAGGAUCAGGUCUCUUUCCAGACUGAGGAGCCCGAGACGCAGGAUUACCCCCGAGCCUUGGGUGAAGGAGAGCAUCGCAUCUUCAUGCGCACGGAUCGACCCCUUAAACAGCGGUACUUUCCUAGGAAUCCAGCCAUGAGGGCCGUCAUUGAUAAGCAGAUCAAUGAACUCCUCCGAGACGGACGCAUUGAACCUUCCAAAAGCCCACACAGCGCGCCCAUCGUAAUCGCGGCCAAGAAGAAUGGCGAAGUCCGCAUGUGCGUGGACUACCGCCAGCUCAAUGAGAACUCCGUGCCAGACGCGUAUCCGCUUCCGAGGAUCCAUCAGAUCUUGGAGCGACUCCGCAACGCGAAAUUCAUCUCGACGUUGGACCUCAAAAAUGGGUAUUGGCAAAUCCCAGUGGCCCCGGACAGCCGGGAGUGCACGGCGUUUACCGUUCCCGGAAGAGGGUUGUUCCAUUGGAGAGUCAUGCCUUUCGGACUCCACUCCGCGCCCGCCACGUUUCAACGCGCCUUAGACACGGUCAUCGGUCCAGAUAUGGAACCCCAUGCGUUUGCAUAUCUGGAUGACAUCAUUGUCAUCGGCUCCACACUGGAGGAGCAUGUCGCCAAUCUCGGAGAAGUCUUCAGACGCCUCCGCCGCGCAAACCUGCGCCUCAACCGAGGGAAGUGUCAUUUCUUCCAGCGCCGCAUCGUGUACUUGGGGCACGUGAUCAGCGAAGCCGGAAUCCACACGGAUCCGGACAAGGUCGCUGCGAUCCGAGGGACUCGCACCGCCGACAAACCUGAAGGAGCUACGCAGAUGCCUGGGAAUCGCUUCCUGGUAUCGCCGCUUCAGAAGUUUGUGCUACAAACUGACGCCAGUGACUACGGAAUCGGAGCCGUACUCACGCAGACCAUCGAUGGAAACGAGAGGGUGAUAGCAUACGCCAGCCGCCGGCUCAACACUGCUGAGAGGAACUACUCAGUGACUGAGAAGGAACCACCACCCUUGAAGUGGUUGAACUCCAUCGACAAUCCAACAGGCAGGAUUGCUCGUUGGGCACUGGAAUUACAGCAGUAUCAAUACGACGUCCAUUACCGGAAGGGGGCCCAGAACUUGGUGGCCGAUGCCCUUUCUCGCCAACCGCUGCCCAUAGUGCAGCAAGCGGAGGUACAAGGAGUCAACUGUAAGUGGAUCACGAGGAUGCUCCAGAGGAUUCGGACCGAACCGGCAAAGUUUCCGGAUUAUCGAGAGGAGAAUGGCCAGCUAUAUCGUCGCCUUGGACUCCGACCUGAGGAGGAGGAGUACACGCCCUGGAAACUUUGCGUAGGGGCAGACUAUCGCCAGCGAGUACUCGAAGAGUGCCACGAUCACCCCACUGCCGGUCAUCUAGGAGUCCGGAAAACCAGCACUCGCGUGGCCCAGCGCUAUUAA